AUGUCCGCACAGGAGGAGCAGCAGCAGUAUGAUGAGGAGGAGGCUUUUGGCCCGCUCCCCGUCGACCAGCUUCAGAUGGCGUACCUGUUCGAGCCGUCUCCGCAACCGCUCAAGACAGUGAGCCGGCUCCAGUUUGGGGUCCUCUCGCCAGAGGCCAUCCGUGAGUCUUCUGUGGCGCUCAUUGACCAGCCGGAUACGUGGGUGAACGGCAAGCCGCGUAAGGGAGGCCUCUCCGACCCGCGGUUGGGCACCAUCGACUUUGGUGUCAAAUGCCAGACGUGCGGGCAGGACCAUCCACACUGCCCGGGACACUUUGGCCACCUCGACCUCUCCAAGGCAGUCUACCACCUUGGCUUUAUCAACUAUGUGCUCAAGAUUCUGCGGUGCGUGUGCGUCAACUGCUCGCGGCUGCUGAUCGACGUCAACGACGUCAAGUACAAGGCGAGCCUGGACCGGGCGGAGCAGCCGCAGGACCGGCUGUUUCUGCUCUCGACCCUGUGCUCGACGGUGACGCGGUGCCCGUCGGGCGCGACGGAGGACUCGAUUCCGACCUCCGAGACGUCGCCGGUCCACAAGGGAUGCGGCAACUACCAGCCGACCUACCGGCGCGAUGGGAUCAAGAUCCGUGCAACGUACGGGUCGGACAAGGCGCGCGGGCAGGGUGACAUCGGGACGCGCAAGACGCGGAUGUCUGCCGAGCAGGUGCGCGAGAUCUUUGCGCGGAUCUCGGAUAAGGAUUGCCUGGCGAUGGGCCUCUCGCCCAAGUGGGCGCGGCCGGAGUGGCUCAUCACGACGGUCAUGCCGAUCCCGCCGCCUGCGGUCCGGCCGCAUGUGAUGAUGUCGUCGACACAGCGGAACGAAGACGACCUGACGCUCGCGCUGGCGGAGAUCAUCAAGGCGAACAAGACGCUGAGCACGCAGAUUAUCAACGGCUCGCCGCAGAACGUGAUCAACGAGUUUGUGGACCUCCUGCAGCACCACACGGGGACGUACAUCUCGAACACGUCGCCGGCGUUUGCGCCGGCCGAGAACCGGUCGGGCCGGCCGCUCAAGACCAUUUCCGAGCGGCUCAAAGGCAAGGAGGGCCGCGUCCGCGGCAACCUCAUGGGCAAGCGCGUGGACUUUUCGGCGCGUACGGUCAUUACGCCGGACCCGAACCUCAACGUGGACCAGGUCGGCGUGCCGCGAUCGAUUGCGGCGAACCUGACGUUCCCCGAGUACGUGACGGCCUUUAACCGCGAGUCGCUCAUGGCGCUCGUCCGCAACUCGUUUGAGAACGGGCCUGACGCGUAUCCGGGCGCCAAGACGAUCAUCCGCGACGACGGGACCAAACUUGAUCUGCGGUACAUCUCGCGCGAGACCGACCUUGUUCUUGCGCCGGGCUACGUGGUGGAGCGGCAUGUGCGCGACGGCGACGUGGUGGUCUUUAACCGGCAGCCGUCGCUGCACAAGAUGUCGAUGAUGGGCCACAAGAUCAAGGUCAUGCCGUACUCGACGUUCCGGCUCAACCUCUCUGUGACGACGCCGUACAACGCCGAUUUCGACGGUGACGAGAUGAACCUGCACGUCCCACAGUCGCUGGGGGCCAAGGCGGAGGUCAUGGAGAUCAUGAUGGUGCCCAAGAACAUUGUGACGCCUGCGUCGAACCGGCCGGUCAUGGGCAUUGUGCAGGACACGCUGCUCGGGACGUACCUGUUCACUUCUCGCGACACGUUUAUGGAGCGCGACCUGGUGAUGAACCUGCUCAUGUGGGUGCCCGACUGGGACGGGCGCAUUCCCACGCCGGCGAUUCUCAAGCCCAAGCCGCUGUGGACCGGCAAGCAGCUGUUUUCGCUCAUCAUGCCGAACGUCAACCUGAGGACCAAGUCUGGCACGGCGCCGGACAAGGCUGAGGGGCCGAUUUCGCCGACCGACACCAAGGUGCUCAUCGAGGCCGGCGUCCACCUCUCGGGCCGGCUGUGUAAGAAGACUGUGGGUAACAAGGCGAACGGGCUCAUCCAUCUGGUGUGGAUCGAGCACGGCCCCGAGGCGGCGCGGUCGUUCCUCGACGCCAUCCAGCGGGUGGUCAACAACUGGCUCUGCCAGCACGCCUUCUCGGUCGGCAUCGGCGACAUGGUUGCGGACGACCGGACCAUGGCCAACAUCCACCAGCUGCUGAAGGACGCCAAGGUCAAGGUCCGCGAGCUCAUCCACGACGCGCAGCAAGGCAAGCUCGUCUCUAAGCCAGGCAUGACCAUGCGCGAGACGUUUGAGGCCGAGGUCAACAGCACGCUCAACAUUGCCUCUGGCCAGGGUGGCACGUCGGCCGGUCUCUCGCUCCGGGCCGACAACCGGGUUAAGAUCAUGGUCGACGGUGGCUCCAAGGGUUCUUCGAUCAACAUUGGGCAGAUGGUGGCGUGUGUGGGCCAGCAGAACGUGGAGGGCAAGCGCAUUCCCUACGGCUUUGUCGGCCGCACCCUCCCGCACUUUCACAAGGACGACUACGGACCCGAGUCGCGCGGUUUUGUCACCAACUCGUACCUCAAGGGCCUCACGCCGCAGGAGUUCUACUUUCACGCCAUGGGUGGCCGCGAGGGUCUCAUCGAUACGGCGGUCAAGACAGCCAAGACCGGUUACGUCCAGCGGCGGCUGGUCAAGGCCAUGGAGUCGCUGAUGGUGCAGUACGACUCGACGGUGCGCAACGCGCAGGGCGUGGUCAUCCAGUUCCUCUACGGCGAGGACGGCAUGGAGGCAACGCUCCUCGAGCACCAGUUCCUCGACUCGGCCAUGAUGACCAACGAGAGGCUGCACGCGGUGUACUCGAUCAACACCUCGAACGAAGAGAUGGCGCGGUAUACCACGCCGCAAGUGUGGAACGAGCUCAAGGAGUCGCGCGCGCUCCGCGAGGAGCUCAAGGACGAGUUCAACACCAUUGCCGCCGACCGCGACAUGCUUCGCCGCGUCUGCGUCUCGACGACCGACAUGGGCAUCAUGGCCUCGGGCUCGGUCCGCAUCGUCCUCCCGGUCAACCUCAAGCGGCUCAUCUGGAACGCGCAGAAGAUCCACUCGUCGCCGUCGUCGGUCUCGGACCUCUCGCCGCACGACAUCAUCACCGGUGUCCGCUCGCUCCUCGACGACCUUGUUGUCUGCCGCGGCGACGACCCCAUUACCCGCGAGGCGCAGGCGAACGCGACCAUGCUGUUCAAGGCGCACGUCCGUGCCACACUCGCCUCAAAGCGCGUGCUCCGCGAGUACAAGCUCUCGUCGGCCGCCUUUGAGUGGCUCCUCGGUGAGAUUCGGACCAAGUUCCUAACCACUAUUGCCCACCCGGGCGAGAUGGUCGGCGCGCUUGCGGCGCAGUCGAUCGGUGAGCCGGCAACGCAGAUGACGCUCAACACCUUCCACUUUGCCGGUGUCUCCGCCAAGAACGUAACGCUCGGUGUCCCGCGGCUGGAGGAGCUGAUCAACGUGGCCAAGGCAAACCGGACGCCGUCGAACACGGUCUUUCUCGCCGAGCACAUUGCUUUUGACCAAGACGCUGCCAAGGCUGUUCUCCACGAGCUGCAGAACACCACACUCGGGCACGUCACCGACCGCACCGAGAUUUGGUUCGAUCCGGACCCGCUCAACACCGUUGUGGAGGAGGACCGCCAGUUUGUGACCGACUACUAUGGGCUGGAGGACAUGCCCGAGGACGAGAUCAUGUCGCCGUGGCUUCUCCGCAUUGUGCUCUCGCGCGAGGAGCUCUCCAAAAAGUCGCUCAAGGUCAAGGACGUCGAGGCUGCUCUCAACCGCGAGUUUGUCUCGCUCCACGUCAUCACCACGCCCGACACGGCCGACCCGCUCGUGGUCCGCGUCCGGUUCCAGGUCGACUCGUCGGAGAGCGGUAAGGAGGAGGCGAUGCGGGACAACAUCCUGCUCACCAACAUCCAGUCGACGCUCCUCUCCAUCAUCCGCGUCAAGGGCUUCCGCGAGUUCAAGAAGGUCUUCCUCACCUCGCAGGAGAUCAUGAUUGAGGAUCCGGAGACCGGAACGUACGACAAGCGGACCGAGAACUACCUCGAGACCGAGGGCGUCGACCUCCAGCGGCUGCUUGCGCACCCCGCCGUCGACGCUACCCGGACGACCUCCAACUCGGUGGUCGAAGUCAUCCAGGUGCUCGGCAUCGAGGCUGCCCGCCAGGCUCUCUUCCACGAGCUGCACCACGUCAUUUCGUUUGGUGGCUCGUACGUCAACUAUCGCCACCUCGCCCUCCUCUCCGACGUCAUGACCUACCGCGGUGAGCUGCUGCCCAUUACUCGUCACGGUACCAACCGCGUGGAGAACGGCGCGCUCAUGCGGUGUUCGUUCGAGGAGACGACCGACGUCCUCAUGCUCGCUGCUGCCAUGGGCGAGGUCGACCCGCUUGCCGGCGUCUCCGAGGCUAUCAUCAUGGGCAACCUGCCGCGCAUCGGCACCGGCGCCUUUGACCUCUUCCUCGACGAGUCCAAGCUCGCUGACGCUGUCGAGGUCUCGGUCCUCGCCGACUCGGGUGACGCGCUGCAGUACGUGCCCAUGUCACCGGGCGACGGCUUUGCCGCUGCCACCCCCUACGCUGCUGGCGGCAUGCUCUCGCCGGCCGCGGCUGGCGGCUGGUCGCCGGCUGCGGGCGGCUCGUUCUCGCCGGCCACCUUUUCGCCUGGCGGCGCGGGCUUCUCGCCGGCCGGCGCUGGCUUCUCGCCGGCUGGCGCUGGCUUUUCGCCGGCACCGGCGUCACCGGGCCUCUCGCCGGCGUCGCCGGCAUACACCCCGUCGUCGCCGGCCUUCCAGUCGCCGGCUUCGCCGGCCUACUCGCCGACGUCGCCGGCGUAUGGCGCUGGCUCGCCGGCCUCGCCAGCGUACUCGCCGACGUCGCCGGCGUAUGGUGCUGGCUCGCCAACGUCGCCGGCAUACUCGCCGACUUCUCCGGCGUAUGGUGCCGGCUCGCCGACGUCGCCUUCGUACUCGCCGACGUCGCCUGCCUAUGGCGCCGGCUCGCCGACGUCGCCGUCGUACUCGCCGACGUCGCCGGCGUAUGGCGCGUCACCGACAUCGCCGUCGUACUCGCCGACGUCGCCCGCCUAUGGUGCCUCGCCGACGUCGCCGUCGUACUCGCCGACGUCGCCCGCCUAUGGUGCCUCGCCGACGUCGCCGUCGUACUCGCCGUCGUCGCCUGCCUAUGGUGCCUCGCCGACGUCGCCAUCGUACUCGCCGUCGUCGCCUGCCUAUGGUGCCUCGCCGACGUCACCGUCGUACUCGCCGUCGUCGCCUGCCUAUGGUGCCUCGCCGACGUCGCCGACAUACUCUCCGACGUCGCCGACCUACGGCGCGUCGCCAACGUCGCCGGUCUACUCGCCGUCGUCGCCGACCUACGGAGCAUCGCCAACGUCGCCGGUCUACUCGCCGUCAUCGCCGGCGUAUGGCGCGUCGCCAACGUCGCCGGUUUACUCGCCGACAUCACCGACGUACGACGCAUCGCCCGGCGCAGCCUACUCGCCGUCGUCUCCGCAGUACAACGACAACGACGACGAGCCCAAGUACUAGAAACAACAGCUUGUUCGCUCUGUCUAUCAACCGUAAACUGUUUGUGUCCGUA